CUGUGAGCAUGGAGGAAGGGGGAACGUCCUUAGAUCGUUUAUCCAUCGUGUCUGUGACUUGAUCGAUCACAUGCGCAUGCAUGGUCAUGAUGGGGGGUUGAGUAUUAUUAAAGCCAUCGCCAGGCAUGUCAGGGUAUACCGGUACUGGGUGCAGGAAAGAUUGGGAGCAGUUGUUGCUAUGAAAUUCCUCCACUGGAGGACAUGAGUGAUGUGCUGGAACAUGCAAAACACAUUCAGAGUCUCAAGGAAUCAUCUUCCUCAUCAACAUUACCAUCAGGCUGUGUGAAGACAGGCAUUGAUGCACCCACUGAUGUUACCAGUGGCAACGCAUCAUCAACUUCACCAGAUGAUGCAUCACUUAGAAGUUCAGAUACAAAAGAAACCACAACAAAGGCAAGCUCACAAAUGGCCAAAUCCACGAGCUCAUCCACAGGCGGUUUCGGAGGCAUGAAGAAAGGGUUUCUCAUUGGAGGGCCCAGCAAGAAACACACUUCCCAUGGGAAAUCAUUAGCCAGUUCAUCCAAAUCCGUCCCAGCAGCUGAUCUGAAACCAGUGGGUGGGGAAGAGAUCCCCUUGAUUCGACCUAAGGAAGGCUCAAGGGAUGCUAGAGAACAGUAUCGGAUUGAUGAAGUGCAGGAAGCAUUGAAGACGACUGCUCCGCUACUUCAAAACAAGGAAUGGAUAACCGAGGACCUCCUCUCCAACCUUGAGAAGCAUCCUCGCCUAGCCAGGCAGCUGACAGACCCUAGAUUUGCUCAAGCCGUCUCCAAGUUUCAGAGAAACCCACAACAGGCCAUGGAGGAAUACAAGGGCAAUGCGGAGGUGCAGCAGUUCUUCAGAGAUUUCUGCGCUUUGCUUGGUAAUCAUUUCUCCACCAUGGGAGGGGCUUCCCCACCUUCUGUCCCCUCGUCAGCCCCUCCCCCUCAGGACACUAUCCGUACCCCCAACCAAUCCAGCCGGGCAGAUAUCAAAGUUAAGAGCAGCACCAACCCCAAGCAAGCUACUGCGGCAGACGAGACCGAGAUACGACAGAUUCUGGCCGAUCCUGAGAUCCGGGAGAUCUUGAUGGAUCAGAAGAUGCAGCGACUCAUCGAAACCUUGAGGACUAAUCCAGAUCAAGGCCAGGGAAUUAUUCAUUCUGCCGGCCCCGAGAUGCAAGCCAAGAUCCACAAAUUGGUGAACGCAGGACUCCUGGGAUUUGCUCCCUAGGGGGUCACAAGGUCAAGAGGUCAUCACCAAUUCGACAGGGCAGAUGGUCAGGACAGUGGUAGAAAGGAUUCAGGCCCAGAAGCUACAUUUUCACCACCAGUACUUGAAUGUGUUUUGGGUUUGAAAACGACAUAGAAUCCACUCUUAAUCAAAGAAACAUCAUCUUGAGCAAGCAUGGUGUAUCGAGGUGAUAUUGUUGUCGUUUCUGUAGCAUGAAGCAGCUGAAAAUGGAGUGGAUUGUCUCACCUCACACCUUAGCCAACGCACUACCCAUUUAUCCUGCUUAGUUGAUUUCACAAAGUACUGCAGCCUAUCAGACUUUGGGGAGGUUUAGCGCAUUGUAACUUAUGAUAGCUUCCAUUAAUGAUUUCCAAAAAGUUGCAGUUCGUAAAUGCAGUAGCUUUUUUUUUUAAAGCUACCUUUCCUUCCACCUUCUUCAGGUCUGCCGACUUUUAACUCAGCUUUUCAGUGUUCUCAAGGCUAAAACUCAGUAUUCUUUGUAGAAAUCAGUAUUUUUCUGCACAACCCUGUCAAAAUGUGCUCUUUUACUCCCAACCAGUAGUGCUCACCUUUACACGUCACUCAAACAGCUCUAAAACUGAUUCAGUAACAAAUGGAACUCCUGGAGGCCAAAAAAACAAUAUUUGGGGGUAAAAAAGUAUCUGAAAGCAAAAUAGAAUACUUUGUGCACAAGCAAAAUGGUAUCUAUUCAAUCACUUAACGCCCAAACUCAAAAGUUGAAUUUGUAAGAGCAGAUGAAUUAGUGCUAGUUGUAUACCAAAGCUGCCUUUUUACACUUGUCAAAGAGCUUUUCAGGAGACUCAAUCGGAUGCUGCGUUUUCCUUUGGGAUUGACUUUAAACCUUCUGGGUAAGUAAGUCUGAGAGUGUCUAAGUGCUAUGAGGCAGGGAUGAAAUUCAGAGGCAUUUUUCCUUACUAGACCAAAAACCCUCUCAUCCCCUGUGUUGCUGUGAGGCAACGAGAGUUUUGCCAGCAUGAUCCUGGGGAGAUGGAUAUCCUUGAGUUGGCCUGUCUGUUGAUUUGUCUUUAGCUGGCUAGGACGCCCAAGAAUGAAGAUAACGGAAGAAAGAUGACUGAAUUUUUCCCAUCGUUACUGCUGCAUUAGUCUUCUGCUGAAAAGGAAAAGAUGUACUGCCAUGGGAUAUUGUUCUCCAUCAUAACACUAACAGAAAGAAGAUCUGAGGCCCACUCUGUGAAAAUGAGUCUUAGUCGCCAGAGCCAGUUUGGAGUAACAAGUCCUUUAGACUAAUUUUGCACAAUGGAAAUCAAUGGGAACCCAAAGCAUUUUUCACCCUGGUGUAUCCACUUUGUUCAGGAUGCCAAACUGAAUCACACAUCGAAACAAAAAAAUCAAUUUGCUCUUUUCAGUACAAAUGAACGAAAAAGUGGCUCUGGCGAUUUAAGACUCAUUUUCACAGAGUGGGUCACAUAUUCUUCCCAGGUGGAUUUUCCUUGUUGUGGUGAUCUGAAUAGGUGAAAUGAUGACUCUAUUCACAUCUGAAUCAUAGUUGUUGAGGAUGGGAAUCAGCUGCACUUGUAUACCAUGAUCAGAACUGCCAUCUGUUGAAAGUGAGAAUGGCCCUUGCCAGAUUUUUCCCAAUGCUGUCAGCUGUUAACUAGAAUUGCUGAGAUUUCUCAGGAUUCUUCAUCAGGAUUUUCCCAAUUUCAGGAUUUCUUAAACAAUAUCUUUCAAAAGCUGCUAAAUCUCAAGUUUACCCAUGAAGGUGUUUUUACGUGUAAAAGGUGACAGAGAAAAUAAGAAAGGGGUAUUUUGAGGGAUACUUUCAAACACAAAUAUGCCAUGGGGCCCUUAAAACCUCUGGUGAUAAUGAUGUGAAUAUUUCAUUUGCCUCUGAUCUCAACCCUGCUUGUUAUUAUAAGACAUGAAAAUAAAUGACUGUCGCUACACCGCGCUUAGAUGAUGUGACCCAUCUAAGGUGAUCAGAUUUUCCAAAAUCUGUAUUUUUGAAUGCAGAUCCGUACUUCCGUGUUCUUGUUCAAUUUCUGUAUGAAACACAGGAAGUCUGUACUAUGUCAAAGAUGGAUUUGCACCAGGGAGAUGUAAAUUAAUUUUUUUUUUUUGUGCCCUUCCCGACAUGUAUUUUAACAC